AUGUACCGUCUCUGUACCUCGUGCAGUAUUCGUAUGACGACAUCUUUGCUGUGGGAUCAGCUUCAGGAUCUGGCAGCCGACGAAAAUGUGUUGUCUUCUCAACUUCUACCUGUGAGCGAGACGCAACGUGCAGCAGAGGACGAGGGUGAAGCUGCCUUUCAGGCCUAUCUUCAUCAAAAUGGCUCCCAGAUUUUAAAUGAAGAAUGUCCUCUUCACGAGCUAGCUCGGGCUUUGAUGGAAAAGGUGCAAGGCAUAGAGACGACGCGCAACAGCGCGGCAAGGGCGACGGAUACUGAUAUGGAUCAUAGCACGACCGAGUCACCUUCAAACGACACCAGCCCUAUUCUUAAGUUCUUGUCAACUCGCGGAUAUCCUUACUCUGUUGACAGUGCCGAAGAUAUUCUGUUGUUUUUGGCCGGUGAAUUACAGGCAGCGAGCACCUUAGCUGCCCGUGCUCGUUCAUGCGAAGGGACAGGCGGGACGAAUGCUACCACUCCUGUGUGCGACACGCACGUACAGCCCCCCCUUCCCUCCCUGGCAGGGUCGACCACGAAGAACGAGGAGAUCCAUGGCAUUCAACGCCUCCUCACAAAAGCCUUGGACAAUUUGCAAGACACGUCCUCGCUCUCGACCUCGACCCCCCCCCUCUCUCUUCCACUUUCAUCACUGCUUGGCGCGUUGGAGAAAGCCGUCGACGCCCGUCUUGCCGCCCUUCCGCCCAAAUUCCUUUCCCAGGAUGAGCUUCUGGUCUCUCGAGUGCCGGAAAAGGGGAAGGAGGAGGAGGGAGGCCAGUGCCCACAGAAUGCAGGCGCCAUGGACGAGGGAGGAAGCGGCGAGUGCCCGAGAAAGAGCGAAGUACAGCUGACACCCUCUCAACGCCAGGUGCUGGAGGACAUCGACGCUCACCUCCGCAACGAUUUUGGCCUGCGGCGGCAGAUGGUCUUGAAACGGCUGGACGUGAGCUUGCGGUCGUUUUUGUGGACCGAGAGGGUGGCGGAGGGCGACACCGUGCUGGUCAAGCGGGUGGAGGCAGCGAGACAGGGACUGAGGGAGGAAGUGAGGGAUGAAAUUGGCGUGGAUGCGGCCUUGCGGGCGGGAAAGGGCGUGAUUGAUCGGAUCGGUGCCUGA